ACACUUGUCAUCUGUUGAGCUGCUGUCUCAGCCCCAGAGGCUCAGGCUUUGAUCCAUCAGAAGGCAUCAAGACUACAUGUGCUUUUAGAAAAAAGACGGGGGCUUAGCUUUGCAGCUUCAGAAUCCAGGACUACACCAAUCUGAGUCAGGGCCAGAGAAGGGUCUCCGGGGCCUGCUGCCCAACAGCUGUUCCCGGGGUUAUUUUGGUCCAGUGGGAGCUUAACAAUUCCAAGGUGUCUCGACCAAAAUAACCAGCAGCAGGACCAUCUCUUGGGGGCUCUAUGGGGACCUCUCCUUAGAAACUUUCUAAAACGGCGCGGGGUAGGGAAAGGAGUUUGGCUUGGGGCCAAUGAAGGGAAAGCUCUGCCGGCAUCUGAGGCUAAACUCACCCAGGCGUUGCUGUCCUUUCAGCCUCCCUGACCACCCUCCUCGGGGGACCAAAGCUGGGGGCUUGGUGGAGGGAAGCGGAAGUCAAAAGGGAAAGGAUAAUCUUUGACUAAGCAUCUGUGGGAAGCUGGUGUCAUGCCAAUCACCUUCUACGGAUGGGGCACGCAGGGUCCAGAGAGGAAGAACCCAGGCCUGACCCCAGGGCAUCGUGCCUCUCUGCUGGGCCUCAGUAAGACCAGCAGCAGGUCCGCGCUGGGCAGAUUCCAGGUCCCGGACAAGCUCGGGGACAGCAUGGAAAAUGCUGACUGGCCCUGGCCCGCCUUUGGGCCACAGCAGGGCCAGGCAGCUUCCUGCGUAGCCGAGCUCGCCUGCCGCACAGAGAUGGGUCAAGUGCGGGCGGGGUGGGGGAGGAAGCCCCGCCCAACGCCAGGUGGGCAGCCCCAGGCGCUGCUCCCCAGCCCGUCGGGCGUGCCUGGGGCGCAGAGCCAAAGAGACCCGGGUCGCGCUCCCUUUGGCGCAAGGCGGGCUCUGAUUAGCGCGGCGCAGACCCCCCAACAAGCCCUCUGGAAACCGCUGGGAUGUGGGGCGCUCCGUAACUGAACUCAGUCGUUGGGCGCGCCGGGCCAAGUGCGCGCGACAGGUCUCAUCGCCCGGUCUCGGAAAUAAGCUGCCCAGGUGGGGCCGCGUUUGGCGACGGCCACUAGGCCACCGCUCCCGCCUCUCCCCGGGGAUUUUCCGGCGGGUGAAUUUCCUGUCCCGCUAAAUCCUUCUCAAGUUCCUCGCCCCUCCCUCCCCGCCUCUCCCGCCUCGGUCCCCGCCGCCCCGGGCUCCCCGAGUCCGUCCGCGUCGCGCUCGGUGCCCCCGCGCGCCCGCGCUCCGGCUCCCCGCGCGCCGCCCCGCGCCGGCGCUCGCCCCGGGAGCCCGUCCGCGCCGCCGCCGCUCCAGCCGGCCCGCCAUGCGCCCCCGCGCCCCCGCCGCCGCCGCCGCCGCCGGCGCGCUCGGGCUCUGCAGCCUGCUGCUGCUCCUCGGGCCCGGGCAUGCGUGCCCCGCGGGCUGCGCCUGCACCGACCCGCACACCGUGGACUGCCGCGACCGCGGGCUGCCCAGCGUGCCCGACCCCUUCCCCCUGGACGUGCGCAAGCUGCUGGUGGCCGGCAACCGCAUCCAGCACAUCCCCGAGGACUUCUUCAUUUUCUACGGCGACCUGGUCUACCUGGACUUCAGGAACAACUCGCUGCGCUCGCUGGAGGAGGGCACGUUCAGCGGCUCGGCCAAGCUCGCCUUCCUCGACCUCAGCAACAACAACCUGACCCAGCUGGGCGCCGGCGCCUUCCGCUCGGCCGGGAGGCUGGUCAGGCUGAGCCUGGCCAACAACAGCCUGGCGGGCGUGCAUGAGGCCGCCUUCGAGACCCUGGAGUCGCUGCAGGUGCUGGAGCUCAACGGAAACAACCUGCGCCGCCUGAACGUGGCCUCCCUGGCCGCGCUGCCCGCGCUGCGCUCCCUCCGCCUGGACGGGAACCCCUGGCUCUGCGACUGUGACUUCGCCCAGCUCUUCUCCUGGAUCCAGGAGAACAUGUCCAAGCUGCCCAAAGGCCUCGAUGGGCUCCAGUGCUCCCUGCCCGCGGAGAACAGGAGGGUGUUCCUGCACGAGCUGUCGGAGGCCAGCUUCAGCGAGUGCAGAUUCAGCCUGUCGCUCACAGACCUCUUCAUCAUCAUCUUCUCGGGGGUGGCCGUGUCCGUCGCCGCCAUCAUCUCCAGCUUCUUUCUGGCCACCGUGGUGCAGUGCGUCCAGAGGUGCACCCCCAACAAAGACACCGAGGAGGAAGACGAGGAUGAGGACGACUGAGCCACCCCCUGCCCUUCCUUGCUGGACAGAACCAGAGCCAGGGGCUCCCCUCUGAGAAGAGAGGGGAACGCUGAAAGCAAAAGAGCAUCAGCCGGUCAUGCCCAGAGCAGCACCUGCUCCAUGCUCUGCACCCUGGGCGUGCCCGGCGGCCCCUCCGAUCCCAGAGCUUAGAAUCCACAGGGCCUAGUGCCCAGGCAGAGCUGCCAGCCUCCCAGCCUGAGCUGUGUGUGCGUGGGCAGAAGUGGCCAAGUUGGGCUGCCUGGCUGACAGCUGAAAACCAGCCCAGAGACGAGAAGACUUGCAGCUCUCCGCCACAGAGAUUAUUUUGUGUGUCCAUUUCUCAGAUCUGGACUGGGAGACUGUGUGGCAUCUCCUUCCUUCCAAGACGCAGCCCCACAGACAGUGGGGAUUCAAGUUCAGGUCCCUGUCUGGGAGCAGGGCUUCUGCUGUAAUGGGCUUCAGUAACCUUGGGAGGUUACGUGCAGAGCAAACCAUUUGGUUAAAAUGGCAUUGAAGAGAAAACUAAGGCCUGGCCAAUGGGUAUUUGCUGUUGCAUUUUGGUGAGUGGCUUGGGAAAACUUCUGUUGACAGAACUCAAACCCUGAUCCUUAGCCUAAGAGGAGGCCACUUGUAGAGGGAGGACGGUCAGUUCGUGUAGUUGUGAUGGCCUCCACUCAGUCACUCUUCCCUCUAAAGUAUAACUGAGUUGUUUCCCUUCCUGUCCCCACCCCCAGCCCCAUCCCUAACCUGCACCCUGAGUCCCUCCCCAGCCACCUGAUACCUGGCUGUUCUCUGCUUCACCAUUUCAGACUGUCAUCUCUAGAACUUUCCACAAGGCCAGGAUUGUGAAGGCAGAUUGCACUGGACUAAGAAAAUGUUGAAAAUAAACAAACUGGGACUUGACCUCUGAAAAACCUCCAGCAGGGGCCUUAGGGUGUGUGUGACAUUUCUUUGGAGUACAGGCUGUGACAAGGAAGGCAGCGCUUCGGUUCAGAGACAAUGUUAAAAAAACAAUGUCACACACCCAGCAGGUAAUGCAGGGUGACAGAUGUUAGCGUCGUUGGACCUUGUUGGGGACUGAAACUCAGAUGAGGGGCUCCUGAGAAGCUCCUGGAAUAUUUCUGGGAAUCAUCUCUCUGUUGUUCCUCGUAAUAUAUUCCUCACACUUCCUUC